UUCAUCUGAGGCAAACAGGGCCAGGCGACAGUCGGGUCGGGAGGACAAGGGCGAGCGUGUCGUGAGAGAGCGAGAGAGUAGAAGAGAAGAAAGUCAGGCUUCUGUCCCGUCGACCGCGUUACAUUUGAUCAGACAGUCGAGCCUCAGGGGAGCGGAGAGAAGAAGCGCGCAGUGAUGAUGACCCAGGUGGAGACCACGGUGCACUAUGAUAACGGCUACGAGUACGAGUACAUGAACCAGGAGGAUGAGUGGGACCGGGACAUGCUCCUCGACCCCGCCUGGGAACAACAGCAGAGGAAAACAUUCACCGCCUGGUGCAACUCCCACCUGAGGAAAGCUGGGACUCAAAUUGAGAAUAUCGAGGAGGACCUCAGAAAUGGACUGAAACUCAUGCUGCUUCUGGAAGUUAUCUCAGGAGAGAGGUUACCCAAGCCAGACAGAGGGAAAAUGCGAUUUCAUAAGAUUGCAAAUGUCAACAAAGCGUUAGAAUUCAUCACAAGCAAAGGAGUGAAACUCGUCUCCAUCGGAGCUGAAGAGAUCGUGGACGGUAAUGUAAAGAUGACUCUUGGGAUGAUCUGGACUAUCAUCCUCCGCUUUGCCAUCCAGGACAUCUCUGUGGAGGAAACAUCUGCCAAGGAAGGUCUUCUCUUGUGGUGUCAGAGAAAGACUGCUCCCUACAGGAACGUCAACGUCCAAAACUUCCACAUCAGCUGGAAGGACGGCCUGGCCUUCUGCGCCCUGAUCCACAGACACCGACCCGACCUCCUCGACUACUCUAAGCUCAACAAGGAUGAUCCUCUGGGGAACCUGAACCUGGCUUUCGACAUAGCCGAGAAACACCUGGAUAUUCCCAAAAUGCUGGAUGCAGAAGAUAUCAUCAACACCCCCAAGCCCGAUGAAAGAGCCAUCAUGACCUACGUGUCCUGCUUUUACCAUUGUUUUGCCGGAGCUGAGCAGGCAGAGACGGCCGCCAACAGGAUCUGCAAGGUGCUCGGUGUGAACCAGGAGAACGAGAAAAUGAUGGAGGAGUACGAGAGACUGGCCAGCGAGCUGCUGGAGUGGAUCCGCCGCACCACCCCCUGGCUGGAGAACCGGACUCCGGAGAAGACCAUGGCGGAGAUGCAGCGCAAGCUGGAGGACUUCCGGGACUACAGGCGUCAGCAUAAGCCCCCCAAAGUGCAGGAGAAGUGCCAGCUGGAAAUCAACUUCAACACCCUUCAGACCAAGUUGCGCAUCAGCAAUCGCCCUGCGUUCAUGCCCUCCGAGGGGAAGAUGGUAUCUGACGUAGCCAGUGCAUGGCAGGGGCUGGAGCAGGCAGAGAAAGGCUUCGAGGAGUGGCUGCUUACGGAGAUCCGCCGCUUGGAGAGGCUGGACCACCUGGCGGAAAAGUUUCGCCAAAAAGCCACCAAUCACGAGACCUGGGCCAGCGGCAAAGAGCUGAUCCUCUCCCAGAAGGACUAUGAAAGCGCCACCCUCACAGAAAUCAGAGCACUGCUUCGAAAACACGAGGCCUUCGAGAGUGACCUGGCAGCGCACCAGGACCGAGUGGAGCAGAUCGCCGCCAUCGCACAGGAACUCAAUGAGCUGGACUACCACGACGUGGCUGCUGUGAACGAACGGUGUCAGAGCAUCUGUGACCUGUGGGAUAAGCUGGGAACCCUGACUCAGAAGAGGAGAGAGUCCCUGGAGCGCACCGAUAAGCUGCUGGAGACCAUUGAUCAGCUGUUCGUGGAGUUCGCCAAGAGGUCCGCCCCUUUCAACAACUGGAUGGAGGGCGCCAUGGAGGACCUGCAGGACAUGUUCAUUGUGCAUACGAUUGAAGAAGUCCAGAGUCUAAUGGCGGCUCACGAGCAGUUCAAAGCCACUCUUCCCGAGGCGGAUGCUGAGAGACAGGCCAUCUUGGGAAUUCACAAUGAGGUGCUGAAGAUUUCCCAGAGUUACGGGAUCAAGGCCAACAUUAUCAACCCAUACAGCACCCUCUCAACCGAAGAGCUUCUGAACAAAUGGGAAAAGGUGAAGAAGCUAGUUCCUCAGAGGGAUGGUGCCCUCCAGGAGGAGAUGGCAAGUCAGCAUGCCCACGAAAGGCUGAGACGACAGUUUGCUGCACAGGCUAAUCUCAUUGGACCCUGGAUACAAACCAGGAUGGAGGAAAUUGGGCACUGCUCCCUGGAGAUAGGAGGCACCCUGGAGGACCAGAUGACACAGCUGAAGCAAUGUGAGCACGUCAUUGUUGCUUACAAGCCCAACAUCGACAAGUUGGAGGGAGACCACCAGCUAAUCCAAGAGUCCCUGGUGUUCGACAACAAACACACCAACUACACCAUGGAGCAUAUCCGCGUCGGGUGGGAGCUGCUCCUCACGACCAUCGCACGGACCAUCAACGAGAUCGAGACCCAGAUCCUGACCCGGGAUGCCAAAGGCAUCAGCCAGCAGCAGAUGAAGGAGUUCAGAUCCUCUUUCAACCACUUUGACAGGAAGAAAAAUGGAGCAAUGGAGACCGAUGACUUCCGAGCCUGCCUCAUCUCUAUGGGUUAUGACUUGGGGGAGGUGGAGUUUGCCCGUAUAAUGAUCCUGGUGGACCCCAAUGGUACUGGGAACGUCUCCUUCCAGUCUUUCAUUGAUUUUAUGACUAGAGAGACUGCUGACACGGACACCGCCGAUCAGGUUGUGGCGUCCUUCCGGAUCCUCGCAACUGACAAGCCCUACAUAUUGGUGGAGGAGCUGAGGAGAGAACUUCCUCCCGAACAAGCAGAGUACUGCAUCAUGAGGAUGCCGCCUUACUCCGGCCAUGGAGCACCACCAGGGGCGCUGGACUACACGGCCUUCUCCACCGCUCUCUAUGGAGAGAGUGACCUUUAACCGACUAGAAACACCCCCUGUGUACCUAACCACACCCUCCAUCUCUUGAUGAAUUCUAAAGAAUAUCAAAUAUAAAUCUGUUUAGUUUAAUGUUUGUGACCGCACCAGAUUAUUUGAUUUCUGACAUUGGACAAUUGUCUUGGUUCUCCUCUUCUGCCCAUUUUGAAUUAGAAAUGUCCCCUAAACAAAUUGAAACUGUUUUAAAUUGUUUUUAAACUGUUUUUUAAACACAAGAGAAACAACGCCUUCUGUGAUGAAGAAACACCUAGAAGAGAAAUUGACUCCAAUAGAAUAGACACUGAGUAGUGAGCCAACAGAAUCAUGGUAUUGCUUUAUUUUCAGUUGAAGACCUGUUUUAUCUAGAAGCGGCUCUUCACAGUGCCUCCUUUUUGGGAAAACAUGCAUCUGAAUAAGGAUUUUGAGAUGCUUUAAAUAAAAUUAGAAAGAAGCGGUUUUGAACCUGCUGCCACGCAACAAGAAACAGUGUAGAAAAUGGUAUUUCCUAAAGUCUAAAUAUAAAUAUACAAUAACAAGCCACAGAGAGAAAGAAUUGCCACAUGAUUGAUAGUGAUGUUUACUAUUGCUAAGUGGUUUAAAGGCAGAUAACACAUACAAUUAAAUGUGCAGUAUUUGAGUAUAUUGUUUUUCCAUUAAAAAAUGUUUUAGGCAAACAAACUUGUUAAUGCUGACAUGCCUAAGAAAAUACACAUAAGGCAAUAAAGAUCAAAUGAAGCAGCACCAUAUUUUCCCAUCUUUUUGCUGUAUUCCUGUGCUGAAGUUGGUUUCCCUUGACCCAUUCAAAACCUUUUUUUUUUCAAUCAUACAUGAUUUGUCCACUGUUUUAAAUAAACUCUCCUUAACAAACUAUACUAUCCUACUGAAAUGGAGUAUUUAACAAUUCAGUAGUCUGAAUUUUUACAAAAUAUGCUUGUUAUAUACUAAUGUAUAACACUAUUUACUCAUGCAAAUGAUUCUGAUAAAUACAAUUGACUGAUACUGAUUAAAAAACAUAAUAAAUCAAAUGUUUUGUGUGAUGGAUUUUA